UUUUAGUAAGAUGCCGGAGCCGGUUAAGUCAGCUCCUGCUCCCAAGAAGGGUUCCAAGAAGGCCGUGACUAAGACACAGAAGAAGGGUGACAAGAAGCGCAAGAAGAGCCGCAAGGAGAGUUAUUCUAUCUACGUGUACAAGGUAUUGAAGCAGGUGCAUCCCGACACGGGUAUUUCUUCCAAGGCCAUGGGCAUCAUGAACUCCUUCGUUAACGACAUCUUCGAGCGCAUUGCCGGCGAGGCCUCGCGCCUGGCACACUACAACAAACGCUCCACCAUCACCUCUCGGGAGAUCCAGACGGCCGUGCGGCUUCUGCUGCCUGGUGAGCUGGCCAAGCAUGCAGUUUCUGAGGGCACCAAGGCUGUCACCAAGUACACUAGCUCCAAGUAGAGCGCCUCAGACAUUUUUAAUCCAAAGGCUCUUUUAAGAGCCACC